CCUCCUAAACACACGCUGCACUCUCUGUAUUUUGGUCUCUCUGGUUAUUUUUCAACGAUUCGCCUCUUUUUUUUAAGAAGAACUCUCCUCAAGGAGCCAAAAUCCUCGGAGUGAAGAUGCCUUCGGGGAACAUAAGUAAAGGACCCGACGAUCUGGAAUUUGAUAUGGACGUCAGCGAUCGACACCGAGGAGAAGAGGAGGAGGAUCGGAAUAAACCGACCUACUGCGUGACCGACGUUCCCCCGUGGUACCUGUGCAUGUUUCUGGCCGUUCAGCACUACCUGACCUCCUUCGGAGCGAUGACCUCCAUCCCCCUCAUCCUGUCGGAGGGCCUGUGCCUGCUGCACGACAGCCUGACCCAGAGUCGAUUCAUCAACACCAGCUUCUUCGCCAGCGGGCUGAUCACCCUGCUGCAGGCUUCCCAUCCUCCAGGGGGGCACCUUUGCAUUGCUGACCCCGUCCAUGGCCAUGCUGUCCAUGCCGGAGUGGCGCUGCCCGGCCUGGACCCAGAACGCCAGCCUGGUCAACGCCUCCUCACCCCUCUUCAUAGAAGUGUGGCAGACCCGCAUGAGAAUGGGGUUAAAGAGGUCGACCAAGUGCUUCGCAUUCUCUUGACCACCAACAUGUUCGUGGGCGGCGUUCUCGGCUUCUUCCUGGAUAACACCAUCCCCGGGACCAAACGUGAGCGGGGCCUCCUGGCCUGGAGCCCGGAGGACCCGGAGGACUCCGUCUGCGCCGCGCGAACCCAGGAGGUGUACGACCUCCCCUUCGGCAUCACCUCGCGCCUCUCGUCCCGACCCUGGGUUCGCCUCGUCCCUUUCUGCCCCUGGAGGGGCACCGGGUCCAGAACCGGGUCGGAGGACCACGGAGCGCCACGGGGGGCCGAGCAACCGCUCAUAAGCCCGGGGGGGUCUGGGGUGAACUCGCUCCAUGAGGUUUAGGGUCUGGAUUCUCCCUGGACUCACAAAAUAUAUGUAUCAUGACAACUUGAAGUCAAUUAUUCAGUUUAUUUGUAUAGCCCAUUCUCACAAAUUACUAAUUUGUCUCGGAGUGCUUUACAAUCUGUACACAUAGACAUCCCUGACCUUUGACCUCACAUCGGAUCAGGAACAACUCCCAAAUAACCCUUCAGGGGGAAGAAAAGGGAAGAACCCUUCAGGAGAGAACAGAGGAGGAUCCCUCUCCAGGACGGACAGAUGAAUAGAUGUCAUGUGACCAGAAGGAAUCAUUACACACAAAUUAAAACCACAGUAACAACACAAUCAAUGAAUAUGACAGAGUGGAUGAAUGGUUGGUCGUCGGCAUAUUCCACGAUCCAGACCUCGAUGAUCCAUCAAUUAUGAGUCAACUGUGGAUGUAAAAUCCACAGUUGACUCAAGGUCCAGAUACAAAACAUUAAAAUAGAAUAGAAUACAUAGAAAGUCACAAAGUAAAAUACAUAGAUCUACAAAUGCUCUUUAGACAGACAGCUGUACCGACGUCUCCCUGGGGAGCGUGGAGCACUGAACUUAUACUAAUUGGUACAACUUAAUAACAGAAAUUAAAAAGUGACAAAAGAAGACACUUUACUUUUAAGGACUGAUUAUGAUUUAUUCUUUCUCUGUCUUUUUGACUACAUGUCUUAGAAUCCGACUGUAGUAUUGUAAAUCCUAAUUAGACGAGGUCUUCCACUGAGAAAGCUUUUUAAAUGAGCAAAAAAUCAUGAAACAAAUAUGAUUAUUUUUUUCAAUGUGGAGGUAAAACACUUUAUUUUAUGUAAUCGGUUAAAUGACCUGUGUUUUCCUGAAUGUCUCCCGAAUUACAAAUUGUGUCUACCUGUACUAGUAAUUAACCCUUUUAUUUGGAAAGUAUCAUUUCCAUAUGUCGGGACCCUAAAAUAAGUCGAAUGAUGCCCCUGGUAGUCGCGCUGUCAGCAUGUUUAAUACGUCCUCUACAAAUAAACACUAAAAAACUUGAUUGAAAAGAGAAAAAAAUCGCAAGAAGAAAAAAAACACGCACCUAAAAAGUGUUAAAAAUCUCCUCGGCUCUUCAGUUCUGCCUCAUGGUGCUCACGACUUGCUUUUAUUUUUUAUUUUAAGAUGUUUUAUUGAUUUUCUUAUGUGUUACCCCACCGGGGAAGAGGAUUCACGCGUGUCUGAGGGCAAUUACAGAUACAAAUUAUUGGCUGUUGUUUUUUUCUGUUGACAUCGGCUGCUUCUAAUCCAACAAAGGUCAAAAGGUCAAUCGUGGUCUCGAGGAGCUUCUAGUCGUCGCCGGGGUGACGGCUGAUGACACUGAGCGGUAUCUUAUAUUCUAGAACAUGUUUCCCACUAUUUGAGAAAUAAAAAUUUCGGCACAUGAA